AUGCCUAUCCGCAAUCCAUUUCGUCGUGCGCCUGGCGCCGAAGCCGCCGAUGAGGCGCAACGCAAUGGCGCCGAUAAUGACUUCAAGAACACAGCAGUCUCUGGCGCCAAACCACUAGAGAUCAAGGAUACGACUGAAUAUAAAUUGAGUGAAAUCAACGAUAGCGGAGUCUACCUGCCUCCAUCCCCGCAGCAGGACAAGCCCACCUUCUGGCAUUCCAAAUCCAAUGUCUCCACUACGUCCUCGAACCACCGAAGCCUGUUGGCUGAGACUGAGCCAUUCAACAUCUCGCGCGAGAGCUUCGACUCGUACAGGCGAUCCUUCGAUAUCUCCGCGCGAUCGCCCAUCACAGAUAUAACCGCCGAAACAUACCCUCGGCAGUCACUCGACGCACGACGAUCAAUCGAUACGAGGCGCUCUCUCGAUGUACGCCGUUCCCGAGCAACACCUCGCUCAUCUAUGCAGCAAGGACGUCCAAGCGAAAGCACAGACCGGGUGCCAGAAGAGGGGUUCGAGGACGUGGGAUUGAACGACGAGCCAAAGCCAGCGCCCAAGAAGCGUGGGAUUUUUUCACGAUUCGGCGACAACAACAACAACGCAGACAACAAACCGGAAGAAAGGCCCUCGCCCGGUCACCACUUUUCGUUAACCGGACGAAAGCGCGCCGAAAGUGGAAAAGGCGAAGAGCUGAAGCCCAUGGGACGGCUGUCAAGUGACGCGCCUGUCGAGACACGGUAG